AUGAAGGGGAAGCUGGGCGCGCUGGCCGCGUCGGCGGCGCAGGUGCUGGCGCCCAACAGUCUGCAGUUCAACGAGCACGAGUUCCAGCGAUCGCCCAAGGAGGCGCAGGAUGCGGCGCGGGAGGCGGCCAAGCUCGUCAAGCCAGGCGACCUGAUCUUCAUCACUACGAGCGGCCUGGUCUACUCGGUGGGGAGGUAUCUGACUGAGAACGCGUACGACCACGUGGUGGUCGUGCUGGACGAGAGCACUGUGCUUCAUGUUGGGAUGCCAUCUGCCAAGUUGAUGCCGCUCGAACGGCUCCUUUUGCCUCAGCGGCAGCCUGUGGUGCUGCGCGUGCCGAUGCCUGAGUCAGAGCUGCAGCUGUUCCUGCGUUGCGCUCGCCAGUUGAUCGGCUGCAAGUAUGAUAUUGCAAGGGCGUACCAAUUGAUGCUGCGGUUGGCAUUGAAGCGGAUGAUUGGGUCAACACCAUUGCCGAGAUUGCCACUUGACGUAAAGAGCAACGCCUGGAUCUGCAGCGACUCCAUCAUCGUACUGCUUGCAGGGUGCUGUACGGCGUUCCGUGAGGCGCUGGCCAAGGCAAGGCAGGAGACUGAAUUAGACAUCUUCACGCUCGGCAGCGCUUCCAUGACGGAUUUUCAACGGAUCCGUCGCAUCCAGCCGGACAUUAUUUCGCGCGUACCGUUGCCCGUUGUAAACUACACGCUGGCUCCGCGUAAGCGCUCGUGGAGAGCGUACAUCCCAGAGGUGGUGCGGUUCGCGCAGAGCGUGCAGGACGGCACGUUGAAGUGGCCUCUGCUGGCGCCCGAGAUCUUCCCCAAGGUGCACGAGGUCGCGGCCGCCAUUCCUCCAACCUCUUGGACCGUGAAGCGCAAGAUCCAAGUGCUAGGCUACGUGAUCGUAUUUCUCAUGAUGCUUCGAAGAGGGCUCACUGUCCGGCGAGUGCUGCUGCGUGCCGUUGAAGUGCUCAUGCUGCGGUACGUCGCGCAGCACGUCAUGCUGCACUUACAGUCGUCCUCCGCUUUUGGCACCGCUAAACUAUAG